AUGCACAACACUAACUUGCUGUUGUUCCUCAAUACGUUAGAUGCCCUUGGUCAAAUGAACUCGCUUAACCCUACAAAUGUAUAUUUGGUAGACUCCAAGCCUGGUAAAUCAGCAAGCGCUAUGGCAAUCAACAAUCUUCGUUCGGUCGCUGCUGCUAUUGUUACCAUCUUUUCUACAUCCAUUGUUCGAGCGGCUGGACCAGGCGUUGUAUUCAGUAUUUUAGCUGGAAUCAGUGUUCUCAAUAGCAUCCCUGUGCUUUUAGUCCAAAGGUAUGGCAAACAAUGGAGAACCUCUUUCGAGCAGAAAACUGGGUUUCUUUCGGCAAUAAGCAAUAAUAGUGCCAAAGCGGAUGCAGUAGCAAGAGAAGAUGAAGAGGCCUAA